CAUUACUUAUAUAUACUUAUAAUCAACGUUCUUUCAUCAGUUAUUCUUCUGGCAGAACUACUGGCAUUGUUCUUGAUUCUGGCGAUGGAGUGACUCACGCGGUUCCUGUUUACGAAGGAUUUGCCCUUCCACACGCUAUUAGACGAGUUGACAUUGCUGGCAGGCAUCUGCUGCUUCGUAAAGCGGGAUACAAUUUUCAUACCACAGCAGAAAAAGAAGUGGUUCGUAUCAUUAAGGAAAAAACGUGUUAUAUUGCAAUAAAUCCAUCAAAAGAGGAAAAAGAUACUAGUGGAAAAUUUGAAGAUUUUACUUUACCUGACGGUAACGUCGUUAAG